GUUCCCACGAACAUUCCACGAACUCCAAUCACUCCCUAUAGCAGACACGACUUGGGGGGAACACAGCGGCAAUCCUUUUGAAUCAUUCCGUCGUACUAACCAACCGCCGCAUCAGAAACGCGUCCAAACGCGGCCUCUUACCACCACUCUACUCGGAUACCCCACCCUUUGAAUGAACACCAAGUCAAUCCCACAUUAUGUACGGAGAACUAGGUAAUAAACUGGUCCAACACGCCAAACGCACGCAAUCCCUCGCACACCUCCCACCCUACCAAACCGAGCUCGUCCGUACCGUCGCGCGCGAAGUUCGCGAUCUCGAUCGCGAUGUCGCCCACCUCCUCGCCCCCUUCGAAGGAAACUUCAACCCGUCCCAAGAGCCGGCAGUCGCGUGCGCCCUGUUGGUCGAUCACCUCUGUAUCCGGCGCAACAAGCGCUGUCUCCUUGCGUACCACCGCGUCCGGACUGAGAAGCUCGAGGAAUUAUGCUGGAAGGGCAUCGAUGUGCUGGAGCAGCAAGCAGCGGCAGCGUCUGCGAUGGCGGGUAUGGAAGAUGGUACCGUCGGUAGUGGUGGACCGAACAGCGGGAACGAGAGCUCGUUGAGCCCCGAUGAAGAAGAGUACUUCCGGCAGUAUAGUGACAUGCUGGCUACGUAUAAGGGGCAAUGGACAGAUAUUGAUCUUACGGGGAGUCUGGAGCCGCCGAAGGAUUUGUUUAUUGAUGUAAGAGUUUUGAAGGAUGCGGGGGAGAUUCAGACGGAGUAUGGGGUCAUUAAUUUGACGAAGAACAGUCAGCUCUAUGUGCGACAUGGCGAUGUGGAGCGGCUUAUAGCACAGGGUUUUUUGGAGCGGUUGAGCUGAUGGGAUGCUUAUCAUGCUUGGCUGCGAGAGCUUGGAGUUGUGGGGUUAGUUUUUUUUUAUAGUGAUACCCAUGGUGUUAGAUGCGUAGAGAUAAACUACAUUGCGUUCUGAAAUCUAACUUUGAUAACUUACGGAGUAUAUUUAUCAUUUACCUAAAAAACU